CAUGGGAGAAAAAAGUUAGGAAUUAUAAAAGUCAUAAUCAUAUUCUGCAAAAUGUUGAUAUGUGGAAAGGAAACGCGGGAUUAGAUUUUAACACUUCUUUCAGAGAAUCAUCGAGAACUUAAUUAUCCAGUUUAGUGCAGAGCAGUUCAAAUACAGCCUUCAAUUUGUCUGUUUUUGUUUCCACAGACACUGACUGACCUGCUAAGCGUGUCCAGCAUUUUUAAUUUUAUUUAGAUAUAUAGCAGAGUUGUCAGGGUCUAUAGCGGAUAAAGGGCAGCUAUCAUUGGGUGUACGUCAAACGGAAAUAUUGUUAUAUAGCAAAUGUGGUUACAUUCGAAGCCAUAAUCUAGCUUUUGAUUUCUCUUUACAGAUCUUAAAUUAUUUGACAUGCUUACUUUUAUUUGGAAUAAUUAGCAAGAAAAAUGAAAUGAGACCCUUUUCUCGCACCGGUGUUGUUUGGAUAUACGUGAUCUCCACGGUUGCGCCUGUGAAGUAAAAAUCGGCCUAUGACCCUAUUCAUAGAGAGUAGCAAACUUUUUUAUCACCUACAGAAACGCGGUUUGAUGUCUCUAGAAAAAAAAGAUUAAAUAAAUUGGCAAAAAACAUGUCUGGAUUUCACCGUGCAAGAAUCAUGACCGUGCCGGAUUUUCUCCAUUCGAUAGUUGUAGAGUUUUAAUAACUGAACGCGCUAGUCGUGGCGUUGAGAACUAAGCUGAUUCAGAACUUUAAAUCGUCAAAUGUCCAAAAAGAAAUCGCUUUGUUCAUUGCGUUUUAAAUCACCCUGUUCCUGUACGAUAGGUCAGUUCCACAGUAAGAGUUACCGGUUUCCGUGCUUUCCGGUCACCCUGUGAACUCAGUCUGAAAAGGCGCAGUCGCAACAAAAAGACUUGGAGACUUCUGAUUUAAAAUAUAAGUCACCAUGAUUCCCGCGGAGAAGUGACAGCGUAAAUGUAGCGCUGAUGCCUGCGCCGCCUCCCGAAGGACCAUAGAACGGAGAUGUGGCGCUGCUGCCAAACAACCCUCACAAUCCAGAUGUUGGACUCCUCAGAGAGAUUGAUCGACGCAGAGCACGUCAUCUGUAAUGUUCAUAUAUUUCCUCAUCUGUACUGACGACUGAUCAGAAACAUGCUGCAAAAAGAGACGCGGAGAGAAGGGGAUUUAAAAAAAUAACGCUCAACUCAAAUUACACCUUAUGGCAGGAUUGCCGAGGAAUCAUUGGUCGGAGACGGGAGCGGAGAGUUGACGGGGAUUUCCACUGGGGGGUCCUACAAUGGAAAAAAAUUGUUUCCGAAAAGCCUCAACCGUCUUUCCUUCUGAACUGCGUACUGGAUUAAAGAUGCUGCGUCUUAACGUGAUCUACAUCAGCCUUCUGUGCUCCCUGUCGCACGCUCUUUACAGGGGACCCCUGCACCCAGAGAUGUCUAACGGCACUUUCCAUCACUACUUUGUACCGGAUGGGGACUACGAAGAAAACGACGACCCUGAAAAAUGCCAGAUGCUUUUUCAAGUGUCCGACGAUCGUAGUUGCAGGAUUGAAGCCGAUCUGGAAACUUUUAUCAAAGAAGAGAUGAUCACCAUCAGAAGACAAGUGGAAGACGCGGCGCGUGUCUUGGAAGGAGUUGGGAAAAAUAUCGCCUAUGAUCUGGACGGGGAAGACAGUUAUGGAAACUACCUUCGCCGGGAAGCCGCGCAGAUCGGAGAAGCUUUCUCGCAUUCGGACCGCUCUCUGGUCGAGCUGGAGAUGAAAUUUCGACAGAGUCAAGAAAACGAGGUGAGGGAAGUGAACAAGAUUAACGAUGAAGUGGUGAACAUGCUGUAUCACACCAGAGAGAUUUUGAGGGAGACGCGAGAGAUCUCGUCUGGGUUAAAAGAUAAACACGAACUUCUCACCCUAAUCGUCAGAAGUCAUGGGACAAGGCUGAGCAGGCUGAAGAAUGAUUUUAUGAGAGGCUGAGAUCCGUUUGACCACAAUGGAUGAUCUUCACCCGUUCUCCCGUCCUCUAGUAAUAACAUUUCAUUACUUCUGCAGCAUAUUUAUCAAAAUAUAUUGUCAUAAUGUGAGAUCUGACGGGCAACAUGUGUAAAUGAUCCCCUCCCCCAACUUAAUAUUGCAUAUAAACUAAUACAGCAUAUCAAGUCGGUUUAAGACCAGCGUGCCUAUUUAAAGCGAGGAGGUUUAUAAAAGUGAUCCUGUUAUUCUGUCGAUUUUUUUCAGUGUUUGUUGAACGUUCAUUGCUACGUAUGUUUGCCGCCUUUAAAUAUAUACUUAUGUGUCACUUCAAACACCGCAGGCAGGUACAAGUAUUUUAAUACAAAAAAAAUAAAAGAUUUUUUUUUACCGCAGCAUUGCUCAGGGUAACCGUCAACCGUGUCGUUUUAAGUGAGUCUAAAAGAAAUACAAUGAGUCCUUUUUGGUUCCUGAACCCCAAUAAUCGAUGGAAAAUUAGAAAAAAAAACAUUUAGGACAAAUUUGAGACAUCAGCAAACUUCAUUUUAGCUGCCAUCUUAGGUUUGAACAGGUCAUAAAGAUGAAUAUAUAUUGCACUACUCGAUUACAACAAUCUGACAGGUUUGAUUGAUGAUAUGGCUUUAAAGUCUGGAUUUGCCAACAAUUUCCGCUCUACACUGAAGAGGUGAAACAUACCAAGCCCAUAUCGAGUUAAUGUUUGUUUUCUGAGCGAGUCUUGUGGUUGGAGCUUUUGACAUUUAAAGAUAUUUUAGAGGAGGGGGUUGCAGAUUUAAAGUUUAAAUUUAUGAACAAAAGUUUAAAAGCGUGCUCUGUUCAAUGAUUCAGAAGACGGAAUUUAGCAAUAAUAUGUUGGAUCCCGAGCCCUCACACCGCCUGACGGUGGCUGAAUCGUGCUGUUUGCCGCAGGCGGCGCUGUGACCGUCGACACGAUGAAAGUGCUGGCUCUUUUGCUAACUUCAGUUUAUAGCAAUAACAUUACAACGGAAAACAGCCAGGUUCAAGUGACCAUUUUAAGUUACAUUCUACUCCUUUGUUUCAAAAUCAAAUUUAAAGAGGAUUUCUACACAUAAAAAUAUUUGUAUUUAAUUAUAUGGUACAUUUAACAAAUACAGUACACUAACAUUUAACGCAAGGAAAAGAAGUGAAGUUAUAAAAUAGGCCUAGCAGCGAAAUAUUGACCAAGUAACGAUUGCUGAUUAUUCUGAGCUUGUAAACUUAAAAAAAAUGCAAAAAAAUAUUGCUGGAUGGUAAACCACUUUUCUUUGUUGCAGGUUCUUAAUUAAGGUUCCUUCUGGGAAAACCCGUUUAUUGGUAGCAUUGUUUACUGAGGCUUAAACGUUAGUAAAGGAAUAUGAUACUUUCACUUUUCUUACACCAAUAAACAGUUGCAGGAAACCUGCAGUUAAAAGUACGAAUAUAGCAACAUAUGAAAUAGUUUAUGGUGAUCUCAGUACAAAUAAUAUAAAAAUAGUUUUAAUCUGAAUUCUUCGCCAGUCUUCUUCAGCAUUCCUUCCAGAUCAAGGAUGACCGUAACAGUAAAAUUAGGCCAGUUGGUCCAUGGAGUGUGCUUCGCCAUUUCAUCAUGGCUGAUUCAUUUCCUCCUCAGCCUUAAUCUCCUGCCUUCUCACCAUAAUCCUUUAUGCCCUGACUAAUCAAGAAUCAACCAACCUCUACCUUUAAUACGGCUUUCACUCUGAUUUUCUGGGUCCUGACGUAAUGAGAACAAUCGUGAAAUUGUUGACUUGUCCACAGGUGAGGGAGAAGGUCCGUUCUCAAUACUACCCCGAUUGCUCCUUCUUCACUUUGAAAGGAAUUGGAACAGAGAUUGAAUGUGAGCGGGAACGAGGGAAUUUAUCCAAGGAGGCUUUGAGUUUAUGCUUUAUUAUUUUUAAUUCUCUCUGUCCCUUUCUUAAUCUUUAACCAUGUCAUGGCUUGGAAUAGUCUCCUGAUAGUCCGACGUGAAACAUGGCAACUGACGUGGCCUCUAGCCGACGCUCCAAGCUUAGCGUAGUUUGAACCCAAAUGCCAGAGAUGUUGGUUUAGGAGAGGACACUGUCUUUGGCUCACUUUUCUUUUUAGUUCAUUUAGAAGGUCAGCGUCGGUGCUAAACGACACUAAAGUUCUUACAAGAGGCUAUCUCGAGUCGCUUGAGUUCAUUUCAAGUCGAAUAUAACCCUGGUCGGUAUCUUGGUAGCUACGUAUUCAUUAGAUUGGUUAUUUUGAAGGAGCAAGCGUUAACAAUCAUAUAUUGUACAGUACUUAUAUUAACAAUGGUAGGGUUGAUUGCUACCAGGUAGUUGACUUUAACUGCUGCAUUGCAUUCAGCUGCGGUGCAUGUUUCCCAGCAUCGAACUGCCCGCGGUGAAGGCCCGGGGUCUCAUGAGGUAUUCUGCCCUCCAAUCCUUGUGUCUGCCACUGUUUUCUCUAGUAACAUGGACAAUAUAAUACUAACCGCAAUAGUAGAAGUUCGCGAGACUAGUUCGCUGUCGCAAGGCCGAUUUGAGUGCCCACAUCCUCCCGAAAAGGGCCUCACGCGAUUUCCCGUUAAAUACUCAGUUUGUAUUUUGGAGCUCGAGUGGAGCCUAUUGCUCUUACGUUCACUCUGUCAUCAAUGGGCUUCCAAAACACAAUCUGCGUCUGUGUAAAAUUGGUAUUAGAUGGUCAUGUUCAUCAUCGGUUUAUUCCCAAAUGUAAUCGAGUUCGUUGUAAUCUUAAUGGCAACAAAAUGAUUGUCCAAUACAACCGCCGCUAAUGGCACCCGCUUCCCAAAGUACAUAUUCCUUCUAAUUGUCGUUAAUCACUUCUCUAUCAGAUAUCCGUCCUCGGGCUGCCGGCAUUCCUCUACCCAUAAUGAGUGUUUCAAUCUCUUCACCGCAGGAUUAAUCUUCCUCAAGUAAAUUAGACCACAUCCACACAGUUUCAGAACAACCACGAUGAAAGUCGUUGCAUAUUCCCCGGUACAUACCGGCAAACGAACUCGAAAAGGGGAGAAGCAUUUGAACCAGCUCCACGUUUUGAUAUGUACAUUUCAAUUUUUUUUGUUGGAAAAAAAUAGCCCGAGGAAGAGGAGGCCCUGGUGAUUUCACAAGGGCCCACCAAAUGCACGGUAAUGUCUUCAGCGAGAUAAAACUGACAUAUUCUGUUUCACUAGGUUAAUGAAGCUUCUGUGGUUUUCUGUGCACGAUAUGGAAAACGAAACUUUCCUUUCCAAAUCAUUUAUAGUCCAAAUUUGAGCCUAGUCAAAAGAAUCCUUACAUUGACUAUAUUUUAGGAAUAGCAUAAACAUGCUACGUGAUUAUAAUAGUUCAGCAUAGGCGUUAUUAUCGUUAUAGAAAAUGGGAAAUGCCAGGGAUAUGCCGGAAAAAUAUAUUUUACCGUAUAGUGGUCCCUAAAAUUACUACAGAAUAAAAUACCUGCGCUCCAAUUUCUAAAGUAGGUUGCAUGGAUAUAUUUACCAGUAAUACCUGUCUAAAUCCCACAUGUUUGCCACUAAUGCCUCAGCUAUACGUACUAAAUGCUUCCACACUGGACAGUUGCAGACGACAAUAUAGCAGUGGGGUAAUGGGGUAAUUGCGUAAAUUUUCAUAUGUUAUGUCUAAGACCUUUGAAAUAUUGGACAUGGAGAUUAACUCGAACUUUAAAGUAACUUCUCGUUAAAAUCUAGAUCGGGAAACUACCAUUGUCCAUUCUUAGCCAAUUAGCAAAAACCGAUGACAAUGAGGCAGAAUUCAUUUCUCAGAGAAUAUCGCUGUCGAAUCUAUUGUCUCCUCAAUAUCUUUACGGAAAUUACUCCUAACGUGCACCCGCACUCCAGACCUUCCGAACCGUCCCGAUUUCAGGGCUGACGAAAAACAUCUGUUUCCUCGUUCAAGCCUGGCUCAUACCUUUUCCUUGGUAGGCAUUAUCUCACGUAACGUGUUCCACGUUUGGAAUGAAUAUGAAACAAUGGCGACUGGGUUUUUUAACGACGUAUGUAAACACUAGAAUGAUACAGUAACGGUUGUAUGUAUGUCUAAUUCAACCGGGCUAUAUUCAAUGGUCCAAUGCCACUUAUGGUUUGGUUAAUUCUACGACUCUGGUUUUCACAUUCUCCCAAUUACAUGUUACAUGCAUCUGUUAAAUUCUUUUGUUGCAGAAGAAUAUUUUAAGAACUAUAUUGGACGUAUUCAAACCUAAAACAAAUUGAACAGGGCUUCAAAUCAUUGCCAUUGGCGCCGCCGGCCGUUGGAACAGAGGAAUCAAGUCCUUUGGGUGAACGUCCACUGCAACUAGUGUUACGUCACGGCAGGAUAACGAUGGUAACAAUAAUGAGCAGUUCAUCAAUGUUAUUCUGUUCGAGUUCCUUCCUUUACCUUUAGAGAAAACGUCACUUUUCUGUUGGUUCAUAAAAGUUACAUCAAUAUAUUAAAAUUUACCCAAG